GUUCGUUCAAACAGUUCAAUAAUUCAAAUGUAUUUUUUGAGAGUCGUAAACAUAUUAACUGCAUACAAUUAAUUAUGUUUUUAGCUUUAUUUCAUGUAUUUUAUUUUUUUGGAAAGUAUGUAUAUGGUAGUUAUUUUAACAAAAAAACAGAGGAUGUGAAAAUGCCGCACAUUACAUCAAAAGUAUCCUAUGCAACAGAUCCUGAUGAACUCGAGGAUUACACACCUUUAAAUAUAAAAUUUUGUCCGCCAGUUUAUAUCCAAAGAUAUAAUAAAGUAAUUGAAAUACUUAACAGUGAUAAAUACAAAGGCAAGAUACGAAAGGUUGUAGAUUUUGGCUGUGCAGAGCUUAAUUUUUUUGUUCAUCUCAAAAGUAUUCCCGAAUUAGAAGAAAUAUUAUGUGUAGACGUUGAUAGAUCUGUUCUUGAAGCUAACAAAGGCAAAGUUAAGCCAUUAUUUAGUGAUCAUAUACAUUGUCGAAGUAAACCUCUUGUAGUUCAUGUUUAUGAGGGAAGUGUUACACACAACGACAAAAAACUAGAGAAAACUGAUGCUGUCAUCUGUAUAGAAUUGAUCGAACAUUUGUAUCCUGAUACAUUAAUAGAUUUUGAAUUUAACAUCUUUGGUUGCAUCAAACCUAAAGUAGUCAUUAUAACCACGCCAAAUGCCGACUUUAAUAUAUUAUUUAACAAAUUCUCUGGAUUUAGACAUUAUGAUCAUAAGUUUGAAUGGACUAGAGAACAAUUUCAAGAUUGGGCGCAUAAUAUUGUUUUAAGAUAUUCAGAUUAUCAAGUGACAUUUCAUGGUAUUGGUAAUGGGCCAAAAGGUACAGAGCACUUAGGUGCUUCUACUCAAAUGGUUAUUUUUCAUCGUAAUAGCGAAGAGAAUAGUUCAGAAUUAUUAGGUGUUGAUAAUUUAUUUAAACUGAUAACUUUGGAAAAUUUUCCAUUUAAAAUUGACAAACGUUCGGAAAAACAAAAAAUUUUGGAUGAAGUCAGUUAUUAUAUGAGCCGAUCUGCCAAUCAUGAUAAUUCGGAAGGAGAAUUAUCGCUUAAAAGUUUAGUCUCAUUAUUAAAGGAAUUUAAUGUUACAAUGGAAUCCUUGAAACCAAUCUUAAAAGAAGGAGGAUGGUCCAUUGUUGAUCAUGAAGAAGGUCCUUUUAUAUGUUCCUCAGACCAGCCAAAUACCAUCGAAGAUGAUUUUUUAGAUGACAAUAGAUCAUAUAAAGAAUCUGAAACAUCCGUAGAUUAUAAUGAAUACACAUAUUCAGAGGAUUUUAAUCAUUUUUGGCCUUCUGAAAACUGGGAUGAAGAACUAAGUUUUGUUAUACCUCAGAAUAAUUCUAUCGUAGAAGAUAGUAAUACUUAUCUGUAUGAUGCUGACCGUGAAUUAUCAAAUAUUAAUAAUCCUUCUGAUAGAGAAAAUUUUAAUGAAUGUUCUGUUGAUCUAUCAAGUAAUUCAAUUUCGCGACAUAAUGAUACAUCAUCUCAUAAAAUAAACUCUUAUAUGCUGUCUGAUAUUGGUACAGCUAGUUAUUCAAAUGUACAUAAUGAAAAUAAUACAUUUAUAAAACCUGCUGGAAAAGUACAUAGGACAUUAGAUUAUCAUUCUUUAUCAGUAUUAUCUACUUCAAUAUCGCCUCAACCACUAUUAGUUCAUUUGGAUCAAUUAAACAGUUCCUAUAGCGAUGAUACAGUUACAGAUAAAAAUAUGUCAUGUACGUCAUUAUUGAAUAAUACUUUUCAUUCAUUAGACAUAUUGAGAGAUGAAUCCGUUGAUUUGGAAAAAGCAACUGCUUCCAAUUGCGUGCAUUUUAAUACAUCUUCAAAUGGAAAAGAAUCAGAAUGCACAAAUUUUUUCCAGAAUGAAAUUGGUGAAUGUUAUAAAGAAAAUGUUACAGAACUUAAGCAAGUAAAUAUGGAGAAAAACAAUAUUGAUUAUGAAGAUCACUUUGUUCUUGAAGAUUGUGCAUCUGCAUCAAGUACAAAUCAGCCGCAAUAUACAAGUUCACCACGAGUUGUUACAAAAACAAAAGAAACAAGUUUUAGUCACAAAUCGUCAGAGUUUGACAAUGUAAGUAAAAGUAAUAUAUCCAAAACCCUAAAAUUGGUCAAUCAACGGAUACUUUCUAAUGACGUUGUAAGUAUUUGUCAAACUUCUCCAAAAAAUUUUAAUAAUACUAAUGUAUCGAGUAUUUCGAGUCUACCUAUGAAUGACAGUUAUAAUACUAUAAUAAAAUGCGAUAAGACUGAAAGCGAACUUAUAAUUUUGUCAAAAAAAGAUAACUUAGAAAACAUGUCUUCAGAUAAAAUUACUUCAAAUAACGAUAUUUCUGUCGAAAUAAGUAAUUUGAAUAGCAAAAUAUUAACUUCAGAGAGAGACCAUGCGAUUAUAACACAGGAAUCAAAUAUAAAGGCUAUCGAUAAUAUAAAUAAAAAUAAAAGAAAGUUAUUUUCAGUGAAAACAUACUCAUCACUUCCGGCAUACCCAAGUACUGCAGAUCCACUAUAUGAAGAGAAUGCAUUUAAAUCUUUUCAAUUUACAUCCCUUCCGAAUACUGAUAAAUCUGAUAAAAAAAAAUGUAUUAGCCUCCCAUGUGCCAAAGAAAAUAGUGAUCUUAUAUUACAAUCUGAGAAAACAGAAAAUGUAAAUAGUAUUCAAUCUGAAACAUGUAAGGAUUAUCCAAACAGUUUUAUUGCAAAGGGUAUAAAAUGUUCAGCUAACAUUGUAGAAAUAAAGCCUAAUUCUCCAGACCCUUUAGAAACACCCCCGAAUAGUUGGUCUCCAGAAAUUAUGGAUUCUGGCUAUCCAAACACUGCAUCAGCACAAGAUAUGACACCAGAAUAUGAUCUUUCUAGUAUAGCACAUGAUCAAAUACCUGAUUCAGAAUCUCCAAGUGUAGCGGAAGCACCACAAUUUGCAUAUCCGGAACCAGUGAUAAUAGAAAAUGGUGAUCUUGCCAAUAAUAAUAGGGAUGGUGAAGGUAAUAAUAUGAUAGCUGUGGCUGAUAACGACAUAGAAAAUCUACAACCUUUAAUUAAUGUUUUGGAGAAUGAUCUUGAAAAUGAAAAUGACAUUUAUGUUGUUGAAAAUGGCUUUCCUGUAUGGCUAUUAAGAAUAUUAGAAAUGGCUAAUCCAAUAGAUAUUGACGGGCAUAUUUUAAGAGAUCAUAGAGAAUUGAUUCCCUUUGAUUUUAUAGAAGGCGACGCAGAAUAUUUGGGUAUAGAUCACGAUGAAGGUUUCGAUAGAAAUUCCUCGAUAGGAGACAGCGAUCAAAAUAAGGACGAAAUAUCCAGUAAUAUUUCGGACGCGAAUCAUAUUGAUUAUAAUAACGAAGUAAUGUGUGACACAGAUAGUGACGAGAGUAACAAUUUAGAAAACAUCGUUCAUGUACAUUAUACAAAUAGAAAUGCUGAUAGUGAUGAAUGGGAAAUAGAAAAUACGUGAUACUGUCGAGAAAAAAAUUCUGUAUAACAUAUCAUCAUCAUUAAUUUGUAAUUAUACAAUUUUUCGAGAAUUUGAUUCGUAAAAUGAAAGAUAAUAACAAGUAUUUUAUAUUUAUGUUCCCUGGAUUUUUUUUUUUAGAUAUUAAUCUUUACUAUAAUUCAUUUUAAUCUAUUUGUUGAGUUUAUAUAAAUUUAAGAUGAUUGAAGAUCCGUUUAAGAUGAUCCAUAUAAAUAUAUUGAAAUUAUGAGUGGUAUGAUAAUAUUUUCCAAAUGAAAGUUAAACAAUAUAUAUGGAAU